AUGGCAAUGACAGCAGACGAAGUCUUGGAGAAAAUUGGCAGCUUUGGACGAUUUCAGCUAUUUAGUCUGGUCUUAUCCAGUGUCAACCAGUGUUUCUGGUAUGCAUGGCCGGUGCUGCUAAUGACUUUUAUUACCGCUGAACCAGCUUGGCGGUGCGUUUCUAGUAACAGCACCGAAUGCCCCUUCGGUGGGACCAUGAAACCUGGCGACCUGAAUUACAAUUUCCGGUGUAACAUAUCAAGAACCUCCUGGGAGUUCGUGGAAGACUUCACUUCUAUUGUAACGCAGUUUUAUCUGGUUUGUAACAACGCUAUUUACGGAACUAUUUCUUCUUCUCUGAUUUUUGCUGGAUGGUCUUUGGGCGCCAUAAUGAUAGGACCACUGGGGGAUAAAUUCGGUAGAAAGAAAGCUGUCUAU